UGUGUGGGCCAGGAGAAGCGGGGUGGCCGUCGGAGAAACGCUGUGUGUGAACGGGCCUGGCUCUCAGCACCCCGCUUUGUUGUGGAGUCCCGCUCUCUCCCUUGUCAGGGCGGGUUCAGGGGCCGGGGCCGCCGUCGGGGAACGCGGCCAACCGGAGAGCCGCACAGGGAUGCUCGGCACCCGUCCGAUGGGGUGGGUGGGUUCCUGCCCGAUGGGGGCCCCGGCUGACGGCUCUGUCACUCUCUCCCCCCCCCUUUCUCCCCGGGCGGCCGCAGCUGGAGCAGAGCAGCCCCUCCGGCACCGAGGAGAUGGCUAUGAGCCCGCUGCCUGGCCCCACGGACAUCCUGCUACCAUUGCCAUCCAGCGUGUACUUGCCGGACCCCAUGAGCCAGCCGCGGGCCAGCCACGCCGCCGUGAAGCCCAACCAGGUGGGGCAGGUGAUCCUCUACGGCAUCCCCAUCGUGUCCCUGGUGAUCGACAGGCAGGAGCGGCUGUGCCUGGCGCAGAUCUCCAACACGCUGCUCAAGAACUUCAGCUACAACGAGAUUCACAACCGGCGGGUGGCCCUGGGUAUCACCUGCGUGCAGUGCACGCCGGUGCAGCUGGAGAUCCUGCGGCGGGCCAGGGCUAUGCCCAUCUCCUCCCGCCGCUGCGGCAUGAUAACCAAGCGGGAGGCUGAGCGGCUCUGCAAGUCCUUCCUGGGGGAGAACCGGCCGCCCAAACUGCCGGACAACUUCGCCUUCGACGUGUCGCACGAGUGUGCAUGGGGCUGCCGGGGCAGCUUCAUCCCGUCCCACUACAACAGCUCCCGCGCCAAGUGCAUCAAAUGCAGCUACUGCAGCAUGUACUUCUCCCCCAAUAAGUUCAUCUUCCACUCACACCGCACCCCUGACGCCAAGUACACGCAGCCUGACGCCGCCAACUUCAACUCGUGGCGCCGCCACCUCAAGCUCACUGACAAGAGCCCCCAGGACGAGCUGGUCUUCGCCUGGGAGGACGUCAAGGCCAUGUUCAACGGCGGCAGCCGCAAGCGGGCCCUGCCACCGGUCCCCCCGGCCCCUGCCACCACCGCCACCCCCUGCCACCCGCUGGGCUCGGUGAAGGCGGCGGCCACCGUGGUGGGUGGGGGGCUGCUGAGCCCCCACCUGCUGGCCGCUCCUCCGGAGCUGCACCAGAAGCGGCUCCGCUUCGAGGAGGAUGACGAGCUGCAGGAGGCGGCGGCGGUGCACGGCAGAAGGAGCCCACGGAGCUACCCAGUCAUCCCGGUGCCCAGCAAGGAUUCCUUCGGCGGUGUGCUGCACAAAUUCCCUGCCUGCGGGGGGCUCUUCCCGCACCCCUACGGCUUCCCCGUCGCCGCCUUCGGGCUGUGCCACAAGAAGGAGGGGGGCAUUGGGGCCGAGACCCUCGGCGGGGGGCACAAGGCUGGCGGAGGGGCGUCAGGCGGGGGGCUCUCGGGGCUCUUCUGGCCUGGCAGGAAGGAUGCCGCCUUCUACCCGCCCUUCUGCACGUUCUGGCCGCCCCGCACGCCCACCGGCCUGCCGGUGCCCACCUACCUGCAGCCGCCGCCGCAGCCCCCCGGCGCUUUGGGCUGCUCGCUGGGCGACGGCACCAGGCUGCUCCGCCAGGCCUUUCUGGACCUCUUGGAGCCCGGCGGCGAGCCGGGAGCCCCGGGGCUGGCUGCGGCCUCCGCCGCCUCCCCACAAGCCGCCGCCGCGGUGCGGGACCCGCUCUUCGAGUCGGCCCCUGGCGGAGGCGGCGGCGUGGAGCCGGCCUCGCCCGCAGCCUCGGAAGGGGGCAGCGGGGGGGGCAGCCGGCUCCCCUCGCACCCCCCGCACCUGCUGGAAGCCGCGGGGGGUGACCGCAAGUCGGGUGGUGGCGGCGGUGGGUACCACCACUCCAGCGCUUUCCGCCCGGUAGGCGGCAAGGAGGACUCGGAGAGCCUGGCCAAGCUUCACGGCGGCGGUCCGCAUCGCCCCGCCUCGCCGCUGCAGCUCCUGCUGCCGCCCCUGCCGCCCCUCGAGGGGGGGGGCUGUGACCAGCACCCGAACCCCCCGCCCCCAUACCACCUCCUCUCCCCCGGCGGCACCAGCUGCAGCUUCGCCAGCGAGGACAGCAGCGAGGAGGAGGAGGCCGAGGAGGAUGAGCCCGAGGUGGACGUCGAGGGGCACAAGCCCCCCAAGGAGCAGGAGGACGGAGAGGAGGAGGAGGAGGCUGAUCACCUGGCAGCCUCCAGUCACUUCUUGCUCACCUGGGGUGCACUGGAGAAGGGUGGCCGGGAUCGCCCAACUGCUGCCACCCCCUUCACCCGGCCACCUGUCGAGGAGAAGCCAGGCGAAGGCCAGGUCCCACCGCAGCCACCUCCCAGGCAUCCCAAGGCCAGCAGUGGCAGCAGCAGCAGCCCGGCACACCACCCAUCACUGGAGGAGCAGCUCUCCUACAAAGAUAAUCAGAAAAGCAAGGAGAGUAAUCAAGUCAUAUUGCCCACAAAAGAGGAUAACUUCUCAGAUAAGAACAAGGAGCAUAAUUUUUUCAUCACAGAUUCAGAACCUUCAGGAGGAGACUUCUGGAGAGAUAUAGCAGGCGAAUGCACACAAGAAACCAAUUCACAUAAUUCACUGAAGAAGGAUGUAGAAAACAUGGGGAAAGAGGAACUCCAGAAGGUUUUGUUUGAACAAAUUGACUUACGGAAGAGGCUAGAACAGGAAUUCCAGGUGUUGAAAGGAAAUGCAUCAUUCCCUGUCUUCAAUAAUUUUCAAGAUCAUAUGAAGCGGGAGCUGGCAUACAGAGAAGAAAUGGUACAGCAGCUACAAAUUAUUCCCUAUGCAGCAAGCUUGAUCAGGAAAGAAAAGCUUGGUACACACCUCAGCAAAAGCUAAAGCUGCUACCUUGUAAGUUAUAACCCACCACUCAGAAAUCUGACUUGUAUAAAGACUGAGACAAUGGAAGGACUUGGAAAUUUAAAGAACAAACAAAACAAAUCAGGUUCCUCUGAACCCAAGGACAAGUGACCUCAAAGCAUCAUGGACAACCAUAUAAAAUAUAAUGUAGCAGCCAUUUAUUAGUAAAAACAAAA